UGUCGACCCUAUCGUUAGUAUUAGGAGAUUUAAAAACAUAAAACCAGCACUUUUGCACUAAAUUAAUUUAUUCCGUGUUUGUUUCCCUCUUUCAUUGGUAUAAUUAACCAGAAUACGUCGAAAUCGACUCUAUUAACCGGUUGCAAAAAGAACCGCUUGUGCGCAUGCGCGUUAUAACAAUGGCGCGGCAUUCGGACAAACGUCAAAAUUUUCCCGUGUUGUGUGGUGCUUGUGUUAUUGUUUUGUGCAUAUUCCGUGGGAUUUUUAGGCGAAAAAACGUUUAAAAAGUGACGAAUUAUUCACGGUGUGAGCUUUAAAAUUAUUUUAACGUUACGGUGCAGUCGAAAAAAAACCGGCGGAUCCGAGCGUGAGCCUAAAAACUAUCGAUUUUUCAAAGGAUCCCGGACGGGCCAAAGAUUAGAUGGUCGGCCAUUUUUAAAUAUAAUGUUGAAUGGGUGACGUGAGGGGUCAUUUAUUUAUUUAUUUUAGUGUUUUUUUUUGUUAAUGUCGCAUGGUGUACCGUUUAUUAGUGUUUAUCCGUGAGGAUAGUGCACCAAAAACCCUAUUAAUUGUGUAAUGGCAUCAUAACCAAAAUGAAUCCCUUAUACCCACAUCAGGGUAACUAUAAUGACACUCCAGGCCCAAUGCACCCAUGGAAUGGCUACAAUGGGCCUCCUCCACACCCACAGUACCCCCCAUACCCUCCGACAAUGCACGGGUAUCCUCAGCAAUUUGCCAGGCAACCCAGUCAUUUUGGUGGUCUUCAUGUCCAGAAUCAGAGGUUUCAAGGGACCUAUUACCAAGGCAGGUCUUACCAAAACUGGAACCAAGCUCCCCCAAGGGUGUCAAAUUACCCUAAAAAAAUGCCACCGACAGGGAUGCAGAAGACAAUAAGCCCUUCAGAAGAAAAAACCGGUACAACCUCCGGUAUUUCUUCUGAAUCAAUUAGCAUAGAUCUGGCAGACAACACCAAGACCGUUACUAAAACUGAGUCUCUUGACACACCAGUCAAAGGCUCUGAAACAGGCUCUGGGUUGGACAUUAAAUUGGAGGAUAAAAAGAAUGUGAUCCCAUUGGUGAAUUUAUGUGAGGACCUAGAGACCCCCGAGGAGCGCCUGAACAGGUUCCGUUUCGAGACUAGAACUAAAAUUUUGCAGCAGUUGUGCGGAUGCCAAGACGAAAGUAAAUUUAUUGUGGCCCUGAGGCAGUUUAAAGAGGUGCUAGAAAGCCAAAAUGGUGAGAUCAAGAUGAAGUAUGAAUUGAUGAACCUGUUGGGGAAAUAUUUGCCUUUUUUGGCUAAAAAUUACAAGGUUAUCGGGACGAGUUGCGUCGACGAGUAUUUGGCAAUUAUGGAGGAUAUUCUUGUCGUUUAUUGCCAGUUGGUUCGGGAUUUUAUUAAUGUGCAAAUAGAUAGAAAGAAGAAAAGAAACUUGUCUCGGCUGGCCGCAAGGAUCAGAUACUUACUAACUAUUUGUUUGCUGUAUAGGAUGGACUCUAUACUUCACUGUUUGUUUAAAGUGCAAUUAUACCCUAAUGAGGUGGAACAUUCUAGGAUGUGGACAUAUAUUUUUGUGUAUUUUCUGAAAAGAGCAAAAUAUAACCAUCAAAAUGCUGACUACUUGAGGUGUUUUAUUGGCUGGCAGAAAGUGAAAACGAUCAGAGGAAACACCUCUUCGGACGAAAUUGAUGGGGUUAUGUACACACGUUUCAGUAAAAGCAUUGCAGACCUGAAAGCGCUCAAGAUCACUUGCCUGACCGAAAUCAUUGAAUCAAUGGAAAACGACCCGAGGUAUUGCAUUAGGGACAUGAUCAGGCGUUACUGGAGGUGGUGGAACGUGGAAAAACCGAAGGACUUUUUGGCCGAUUUAGAGGAACCCACCACUUUGAUCCUGCCCGGUGAAAUUGAGGACAAUCAUAAAGAAAUUUUUGUUGAACAGAAAGAGAUUGAUCCUAUAACGCGGCUGUUCCAGGAGAAAAGGAUGUGGAAAAGAACUGAUCUCACUCAAAUUGCCUUAAACUUUAACAAAGAAGCGGAAGACGGCAACUAUAACUUCAGCUUUACCGACGGGGCGCAGCACAAUUGCCUCACCGAAGACAUCCCCGGUCCGAUUAUAAUCGGAGAUGCCGUUACGAUAGAAGACGAACCCGACGAUCUCUUAAUUGUACCCCCCACGGUUAUGGACACCGUUGUAAUAGAUUCCGAUGGAGAUGCGGACGAUGACGACGAUAUUAUUUUUAUACCAGAAGAACCAAAGAAACCCCAAAUUGCCCUCGUUAGAACUGACGAUAAUAACACCGAAGUGGAAGUGAGUUUAUUAUCUCCUGCACCGAUAGCUGAACAACCACAGCAACAACAACAACAACAGGAACAAGAAGUAAACAUUGUCGUGCCAUCAGAACCCGCUAACACUUCCGAAGAGGAACCACCUGGACCGACCGAAACCGAUACUAAUCCCGAACCCCCGACCCCGGAUCCGCCGGUAGUGGUCCGUUCGCUAUUCGGCGACUUAACCGAAGACGAUUUAGAAUUGGAAGAGGUGACGUUCGAUAUGGAUUUUACGGCGGAGGACAGCAGUCGAUUGCCCGACAUCCCCGAUAGUUUGGUGCUGCCUAAGGCGGAGAAUUUAUUCGGCGAUUCGGACGACGAGUGGUCCAACUUGGACAUGAAUACCGUGUUAAAUUCGAUCGGGGAGAGCCCGAUGGACUUUGACGACCAUCGCGGAGAUGGCAGUAACGGUUUGUUCGACGGACCGUGUAACGAUAACGUGAAAACGGAGAAGGAGUCGCCCAAGAAGGAAAAAACGUCUGAGAACCAAGAAUCUACUCAACAAACCGAAAACCCUAAGACACCUACAACAUCUGCAAGUCCCAUAGACCAAAUUACCAAAGAACCACCCCAAAAAGAAUCCCAAAAUGAGUCACUAGAACCUCUUGAACCCUCAGAAGUCCCUGAUACAACAACCGCCAUAGAAAACACAGAACCAACAACAAAUCUAGAAACCAAAGAUGUCGAACGUUCUUCGACCGCCAUGUCGGAACCUGAAAAAACCCCAACGAGAGCGGAAAGCGUUGAAACGACCGAAAGCCAGUCGUCCCCCGAAAGCCGAAUCGAUAUUGAAGAGAUCGAUGACAGCACCGAAGAUUUAGCCUCAACGUUAACAACAGUGAACGGGGAAAUCGAAUGCGAGGACGACAAUAAAGAGAAGCAAACGUUAGUCAUUCAGCUGGAAAAACUAUCCGAGCAAAUACUGAGGAAUAACGAGAAAGAAACACGGGACAGUAGUGUGGAAUCUGAGGUAUUUUGGUCGUCGUGUACCGCUGUGGAGGAGCACGGAUCGCCCAAAAAGAUGCCCGAUGAUAUCGACGAUUUACAACAAAUCUACCUGAGAGGACGGCAUACCGACAAAUCGCGUCACUCCUCGUGUUCCCUCGAAGCUCCCCUGUUCGAGUCGCUGGACAAAAACGAGGUGCGACAAUUCUUCGACGAAAAUUUAGCGAAAAGUGCGUCGAGUGUUGCUGCCGCCGCCCCAUCGUCACCGAUCCGCCGGCCAGAAACUCCCGCCCCCGCCGCCCCGAAUUCCACCGAAAUCAAUUCGACGACGGUGGCGACGCACCAUCGGGAUCCCCGUCUCGAGGGCGGCACGGAGACGGCAAAACGGUACCGCCCCCCGGCCGUUUUAUCGCCCGCCCAUCAGAUCCGUCAGAGUUGGAGCGAGGCGAUCGCUGACGCGAUGGCCAUCAGUCAGGGGGCCGAGUCUUAUGAGGAUUUUAUUUGUGGAGAGGGUGCCCUCAUUAUCGAUCAAUCUCAUAAACGGUGUACCCGCACCCCUUCCUCGGACACUACUCGACCUAUCGUGGACCUGUGGACGAAUUUCGUUCCUGAUAUCGCCCCUUUAACCGAGGACGUCCGUAGUACUGUAUCCGACUCUGUAAAUUGUAAAAGCAAUACGUCGUCCAUGAUCGAUUUAGCCUCACCGUGUCUGGAUAGUGAAGCCGUCACUAUUCAGUGCCGGACGAUUUUGAAACAGGAAAACGACGUCGAUUCUUCUGCUCACCAGUUGACGCCGGAUUGGGUGAACGACGAUCGACAUUAUACGUCUGCUAGUGCUGUUUCUUCCACCUACGGUACAUCGCUCACAGUCCAUCCCUCGCCGCCCUACAGUCGCGAAAACUCCCCGAACGACGUCGAGAACGUCACCAACAUCAACGUGCCGAGUCCGAUGCUUUACUCUCCUUUACUAAAAGACUCCAGGGGCAUAAGGUCGUUUUACAUUUCGGACAUUGUGCAGGAGAAUGCCGGUGUGCAAUCGCGUGUAUCUUCCUCCUCCUCCUCUUCAUCGGCGGCUAAUAAUAAUAAUAAUAAUAACAACCGCGCAUCACCCAAACAGCAUUCGGUCACGUUUUUGGAGCAAGUGUCCAAGGAGUUUUACGCCAAUGAAUUCGGCAGUGAUUUGGACGGUGGUUACCAUAGUAAAAAAGAUCGAAACUUACCAUCAAAAAACAAACCAUCAACCCAGACCUCCGCCCAAGCACAAUCGGUCCCUAAACCGGCAAAAAGUACCGUCAAAUCCCCGGUGAGGGCCCACAUCACUGCGGAAGCCGAAUUAUUUUUGCCUUCCAACCAAAACGCCGUCACGACGAUCACGAAUUCGGUACCAACCCCGGUUUGGGGUAGAAAUUCGACCGGCGGUAGAGGAGCAGUCGAUCCGCAAGUUUAUAAAAGCAAACCGGUCCAAAAGAAAACCAAAGUCAAUGGAACCGAGUUGAGUCACAACAAACGGAGGGAAGUCGUCGUAAAUAACGAGUUGGCCAAGUAUAAGAACCCUUCUCAGUUGGACGUAAAGUUCUUGUGUAACGCUACGGGUGAAGAGAGUAACGGCGCGACGAAGCAGGCAGAGCUUUUAGAUUAUUCUUUAAGUAAUUUUGUUUUAAAUCAGCCGACUAACGUUCAAAAUAUCUUUUAUCCUAAUACGAUUUAUCAGCCGGAGAUGCUCUUGCCGCUCGAAGAAAGCGUUUUAAAGAACGACGCCUCCAGAACCGAGCAAGAAGUCGCUUUAACUUUAGCCAGUUUGCCUAGGGCGGGCCUCAGGGACGCUUUAGUGGAGAUCCCGCAGACCGAUGAAAAACCCGUCAUUUAUGCCCCCUAUGAGAGUUUUAAUCAGGAGCACGCCCUACGACUACCCGAUGUGAGCACUUUAAGAGACCCUCGGAAGAAUUACACGCAACCUUUAGCGUCAGAACAGCAACCGCAGCAACAAGAAAACGUCAGCAACGAACCUUUGCCUAAUUUAACGUCCGAACGUCAUAGCUUGGGCGAGAACGACCAAAAACUCCCUUUGCCGCCCAAAAAGCGUAAAAUGACCGAAGACGAGGAGAUCGCCUACAUUUUACAACGCAUUCGCGAAGAAAAAGAAGAGCGGGAGAAACGCACCGGCGCCAACACGGAAACCGACAACAUUUCCUACCCGGCUCAACGGCAAAUGUCCAUCGCGGACCUACAAAGGGACUUUCCCCGCGUAAAAACCUUAGCGGCAAGAAAACUGUACCCGGAAAGGGACUCCUACCAAUACCCCCCCGAUUUCGACGAGUACCGACGCUUCCGAGACAAACAGUCGAUCAUGAACGUUUACAUAAACGGGGUGGGCGGAAUGGGGGAAAUGCGAGAUUGCGGCGGCAACAACUACCCCGUUUGUCUGAUGAUAAACGCGAUGCCGCCCUGCGUACACCAUCAAAAUCUCGUGAGCGGAGGGGCGGGGGCGCCGCCCGCGGCUGCUGUUGCCCCAGAACAAAACCCGCCCGAACCGUUGCCGCAACCGUUGAUCACGCAACCGUCCAGGGAACAACAGCAGCAGCACGCGCCCCCAGUUGCGAUGCCGAAUUUUACGGAGCGGCCGCAACAGCAGCGAUAUUUGCCGCCCCAGGUGGUGCAGGAGGUGCCCAAGGGACGGAGGGGCCGGAGGACGAACGUGAGCGGUUCGCCGCCCGCCAAAAGGGGCAGAGGGCGGCCGAGGAAAAAUCCUCCAACGUCGUGAAGGGGACAGAUGAGGUAGUGCAGUCGAUCUAGCGGCAAAAGUAGGGUCACCAUUCAUAGUUUGGGUGUUGAUCGGGUUUGAUAAAAGACUUUGCUUAAAUCCGAAAGGUGGUGGCACUGGAGCAAAAAUAAGUGAAAACUUUUUUGGAUUUGAUUUUUCUCGAAAACCGUAUGUCCCGGAACAAAAAUUGUGGAGCGCGAAAAAUCUUAUCGGGCCACAUUGCUUCGACAAACAGGGCAACAACUCCAUGUUUCAAGUUAUUAAUUAUAUUAUGUUAUGUUGAAAGGGAUUCAACGCAUCCCUUAAGAAUAGAAACAGACUAGAGAUGUUUUUAAAAAAAUUGGGAGAUCAUGAUCACUUUUAGUUUUUUUUUAUUUAAACCGAAAGUUGACGUUUAAGCAUAUUUUUUACUGAAAAAAAAUGUUUGCAGCGCUGUAAAAAAAAAACUAGAUGUCGCUGGCGGGUAAUUUUAGUUUCAAAAGAAGCGUCAAACAUUGCAAAUAAAAGGUCGAAAAUAAAAUUUAGUAAAAGUUAACAACUUUUAAAUUUUGAAUGUUUUUUAAAUAAAUGUUCACUCAAAACCAUUAAAACUCAGUAUAAAAAUAUCUAUUUGAGCAAGAUUUUUUUUAUGAGGGCUGAAGAGGUAGCCAAAGACCUCCCCAAUCACUGAAUUCAGUUUGGCACACGAUGCACCAAACACCCUGUAUAAGAGACCAAUGUUACGUCUGAUUGAAAUGCAAAUUUGGAAUUUCUUUCUUCUCGCUUUGUUGUGAGCAAUUCGCCAGGAAUUUUUCUUUUAUUUUUUCUCAGCGUCCCUACUGAAGUAAGUUUAUAUUCUUUUAGUAACUUUAUUACCAAGUCAUAACUUGUAAACCAAUUAUCAAACGUUAUGUUUCGCCUUGUUGCCCUAAUUGGUUCUACCAAUCGCAGAAUUAUGUCAGCCGGUUUGUUGCUAAGGGCGUACAGACCUUCGGGCUGUGUUAAGUUUUUGUUGAAUUUUCCUUUUUUCGGAUUACAUCAUCUUAUGCUCUUUUAGUCGAGCGAAACAUGUAUCCUUUGUCAUUUUAUUUAAUGUUUUUGUGAUGCUGUAGAUUUUUUGUGUUUUUACCUUUUAUAAAAGUUUUAAUAAUGUUGUUCUCUGUCCUUAUAAGUAAAACAUCUAGAAAUGAAAUGUUGUUCUUCUGAACUUCAGCGGUAAACUGUAAUUUAUCAUGGAAACUGUUGAAUGUGUUUACAACAGUAAUAAUAUCGUCCACGUAUCUUUUAAAAAAGGGGACUUCAGAAUUAAGAUCUGAUAAACAUUUCUUUUGUAGCUCUGACGUAAUGAUAUUUGCACAUAUUUAUUGGUGACAAGCAGCCUCCCAUACCCAAACCGAAAAUCUGUUUAUAAAAUUUUCCAUCGAAAUUAAAGUAAAUGUUAUCAAAUGUGAUGAUAAGUUGAAGAAAUUGUUCUUUUGACAGAUUGCAAUGUGGUUAAAUGGUAUAAUGUUUUUUUGAAUAAUUUGUAUGGUGAGAUCAGUUGGAAUGUUUGUAAAUAGAGAAAUAACAUCUAAAGAAAUUAGGAUAUAAUUUUGCGGAAUAAUGAAGUUUUGGAGGUCAGAGACAGUUUCAAGAGUUACGUGUGUAAUAUUGGUCUUUAUCAAAUGCAUUUUUCUUUUUAAUUGAACAAAUCGUGGAUUUGACAAUGCCAUUUUUUUUUGAUAAUAAGGUCACGUUUAAACCCUUGUUAAGGUCUUCUAGAACUUUAACCUUUUCAGAAAGGGACAGACAUUUUGAUUUACCUUUUACUUUGACCGUUUUGAACACUUUCUUGGGGUAGCAAUCGAGAAAACAAGUUCACAACUACUAACACUAGUCACAAAUAUCAAUCAGCCUACUUUAUCAUCCACAUUACUCGCGCAUCAAAAUACUUCUGGCCUAUGGAAUAGAAGCUGUCAAAUAAGGAAGAAAAAACAAGCUUAGCCUUGCAAACUCAUAUUAUAGAGUAGUCAAUGCGUAGCAUAUUAUGUUUAUAUUAUAAAAAAAAAAAAAAACUUGACAAACCUUAAAAGAUCCUUAAAUAUAUUCAAGGGACAAACUAGCUAUUCCCAAUCAAUUACUGGAUCUUAAUAAUAUAAGUUUAUUUUUUAGUAAAUAUUUCAUUCAUUUUGAUAGUCAAAAUAAGUUUAAUAAUACAGUAGUGUCGCGGCAAUCCAGAUGAAUUAAAACCAAGCCGAUCCGAAUUAUCGAUAACAUAACUAAAAGUGUAUAUAUUGAAGUAAUAUACAUAUAAUAAACAGUUCUCGGAUCUCUUAUCUUUUUUCUGAUUUGAACCAUUUAAAUCUCUUUGAAUUGAUUGAAUGAUUGCGUUGCUCUUUUUCAUAUGCCGUUUCCUUUAAUCUUUGCAGAGUAGUGAUGUCAGCUAAAGGAGGAUUAUUAUCUGUGGCCCACUAUAAAACGAAAUUUAAAUGUUUAAUAGCACCUCGAUUUUUAAUUUUGAAAGCCAGAACCAGUUUCCGAGACAUCUUUGUCUGAUUUAUCAUUUGACUUGGAUUAAAUCGUCUGCCCGAAUCAAUUGAGCUAUUUGAUUUAUUUGGUAAUUAACGCGCAAUAUCUCAAAAACGGUUGCAUUUAGAACAAAAAGUUUAGUUUAUGUUUUUUAACGCUCUAAAACAUUCAAAUCCUCCUUUCUGUGUGAAAUAAAAAAUAAUGAUUUCAUACAAAAAAUUCUUUACAAAUAGGUCCAUUGAAAAAUGCCACAAGAAAAAUUAAUCGCCCUUAUUAAUUUCAGUUACAUCAAGGAUUCAUUAACAACAUUAAUUGAAAACAUUAUAAAUAAAUUUUAUCACAAAAAUUGUCAAACUGUUUUGCUCUAAACACAAAUCAGCAUUGCGUGCGAAAAUUUUUUUAACUGUAACUCUUGUAUGCACUCCAACAUGUCUUUUCCCCACCAGAUGAAAUCCAGAAGUUAAUUCCGGUCACGUAGGAUGCCAUUCAGUGGGGUCUAUCCCGUAUAAAGUUAAAUAACACACACAAAAAUUGUUAGCCUUCCAAUCCAUCUAUUACCAAAUUAAUCUAAUUUUUAGUACCUUUCUCGCAUUUGGUCGUAGCAAUGCGUCUCAAUAUUUUCUGCUCUACAAUUUUUAUUUUACGACUUACGGUUUUCGAGAAAAAUCAAAUUGAGUUGUUUCCCAAAAAAUAUCGGAAGUUGGUGUCGCGCAACUUUUUGGAUUUAAGUCUUUUCUCAAACCUGCUCAAACUCAGGCUUUUUUUUAAGCUAGAUUGGACUAUACUAAGGAAGAUAUAGACGAUUUACGGGCUAUUCUGUUCCGAAUUAAGCGUUAGAAUUGACGGUACCUGACGGAUAUGUGGUCGCCACUUAAGUUAAGUCACCCCCCUGAGGAGCGCCCUAGGUUCAAACAUUGUUUGUAAAUAUUUACCAGUUACGUAUUUAUUUAACUACUUAUGGCUGUGUUUUUUUUUUUUUAAUUUAUUUAUUAUUUAAUGGAAGACUGAAGAGAGAAGAAAGAAGAGCGAAGAAAGAAGAUCUGCUUUCAUUUUAUUUCGUUUAUUUAUUUUUGGUUAUUCGCGUUCGGGAGGAUAGGCUUGUUUACGUUUCAUGUGAGGCACUAAUAACGAGAAUGCAUGCGGGAUGUCUACUUUUUGUUUGAUGUUUUCCUAUAUUGGCUCUCUUACUACCAAAGUUAGGGAAAUAGUGUUUUGAUUUUAUUGGUAAAUCAUAUAUUUAAAGAGAGAAGUCUGCAGGUUUACAUGGCAAAAUUUUUUUCCAAAUCCCAUAUACUUUAAAAUGUGAUGCAAUUCUUUUAUAAGAAACUCUCAUUCUUAUAAAGAAUCUUUUUUUUUUAAGAAAUUCAAAAGAGUUAUAAAAUGUCUACAUUAUGUUGCAGUCACCCUAAGCAUUCAGAUAUUAACAUUAAAAUAUGCAGCAUGUCUUUUUUUAUGUUUUACUACAGAUAUUGUUUUUUUUUUCCUUACAUUCUGUAUACUCCAUCUUUAAUAGUAAAAGAGCCGUGCCAGAAUUUUUAACAUGCCUAUUUUAACUAUAAAAAUAGAUUAUUUUGCCUAAACAAGCCAUUUCUCGGACGCCUUUGCUUAUUUUCUUAUAAAAAAAUAACGCAUUUAUCCAAUUAAAUUUAAAAACAAAUUUUUUGUACAUAUAUAAAUGUUUAUAUGUCAAGAUUGAGUGAACAUUAGUCUGAACAAAAAAAAAACCUUAUCGGUACGAUAUUUUUAAGGUGAAACCGAACAGCAAGAGAGAAAUCACGCCCAUAACUUAGUGCGAAUCGAUGCCGAAAAACGUCCAUCACAAGACGAAGCCGACGAGGGACUGCCUAAAAGAGCUAAACUAUCUCAUAAUGCGGGAGACAAGUAUCCGAGCAAAGGA